AUGUCCCUGCUGGUGCUGGGAGCCUACGUGGUCCAGCUGCCCUGUGGCAUGGUGGCCUCUGCUUGCACAUCUCAGCUUGCUUUGCAGAUCACAGGCGUUAUCCUUCUUGCAGUCGGCGUCUGGGGCAAGCUCACCCUUGGCACGUACAUCUCUCUCAUUGCUGAGAACUCCACCAAUGCCCCCUACGUGCUCAUCGGGACGGGUACCACAAUCAUUGUCUUUGGUCUUUUUGGCUGCUUUGCCACUUGUCGUGGUAGCCCAUGGAUGCUGAAACUGUAUGCCAUGUUCUUGUCCCUGGUGUUCCUGGCUGAGCUAGUGGCUGGCAUUUCAGGGUUUGUGUUUCGCCACGAGAUCAAGGAUACUUUCCUUAGGACAUACACUGAAGCAAUCCAGAAUUACAACAAGAACGAUGAGCGGAGCCAUGCAGUGGAUAACGUACAGGAAAGCCUGAGCUGCUGCGGCAUUCAGAGCUACACCAACUGGAGCACCAGCCCUUACUUCUUCAAACACGGCAUCCCUACAAGCUGUUGCAUGAACUCCAGUGACUGCAAUACUCAGGAUCUGCGCAACAUGACCGUGGCUGCCACUAAAGUAAACCAGAAGGGCUGUUAUGACUUGGUGACCAGUUUUAUGGAGACAAAUAUGGGAAUCAUAGCUGGAGUGGCUUUUGGGAUUGCGUUCUCACAGUUGAUUGGGAUGCUGCUGGCAUGCUGUCUGUCCCGGUUUAUUACUGCUAACCAGUACGAGAUGGUGUAACAAGUCUUUCAGGAGCGCGAAGUCCAGAGCCUGUCUGGAGACCAGGAGCUGCCGGAUUGGGGAAAGACUGAAACGAAUGUUAUAGCACACACACUGUCUCUCGCACGCACGCACGCACGCACACCCACGCCCCCCCCACGAGCAAGCACGUGCGCGCACACUCGCACCCCACCUCCCCGACUCUGUCCCAUGCGUAGUGUUUUGCCAUCCUGUGAAGUACCGCGGUGCCACCGCAGAGCCAGACGGGUCCCCCUCGGCCUCCGGACCCAGACACCCCCCCGUCCCCCGCGGCUCGGCGUAGGACGGCACCGUCUCUAUGUUCUUGGUCACACAGUAGUUGCAUCGUAAGUUAACAAAGGUAAUUCAUUAACAGCAUCGAUCGGGCUGUGCAUGUAGUGACUGGAGGGCGCAAUUAGCCUUUCACCAUGGUUAAUAAGUGUUGCACACGUUCAUAUAAACCGGUAUAUGAAAUAUAUAUAUUCUUUUGGGUUUAUCUUAAUU